AACGCCAAGAAACCUUAGAAGCGACGGCCCCAAGACGCUUUGGCCUUAAACUCCCUGAGACGCCAAAUUGUACAUCAUCAUACUUCACUCACUCCCUCAUUCUGCAUACUCCUCAACCUAAUUAUCUCCAUCCCUCCGCGCUCCCUUCUCUAUCACUUCAAUGCUUCAAAUCGAACAAUUGGCUGAGUAACCUACAAGUUAGGUCGCAUAUAAUCUUGCGCUGUCGCUCAUUGAAAUAUCGAAGGAAUCGAAGAUGGUCACCGAUCCUCCGCGAAUCGUACUAAGCUACCUACAUUCAUGAAUUCCAGGCCCAACUCGUCACAGGAUAGACUGGUACUAUGGAUCACCCACGCCAGAAUGGCGGGCCUAUGUAUGGCCGUGAAUACAACAGGGCCGAACGGUUUGAGGAGGAGAAGAGGCGCAUUGUAGAAAGUUGUUUCAAUAAAAAGGAUGGUGACGGGUCCAUACUCGAAACCUACAUAACACACAUCAAAAUCACCGAAUUUUCGUCGCACCCAUCGUCGCCUCCACCCCCCGAAGCGCGAGCUCAAUCCGAAAAACCUCGAGUAAUAAUUGUGGCUGUGCGAAAGUCAGGUCGAGUGCGAAUGCACAAAUCCAAGGAAAAUGCGAAUGGUUCAUUCUCGAUUGGAAAAACAUGGGAUUUGAACGAUUUGACUGGAAUAGAAUCUUUUACAGCUUCGAAUGCUGAUCCUCAGAAACGGGAAUGGGCUGGUGAUACUGGAUUUAUCGUCAAUAUCGGGAAACCUUACUACUGGCAGGCUCAAGCAGAUAAGGAAAAGAAAUUCUUCAUUGCCAGCUUACUCAAAAUCUACGGAAAAUAUACGGGCGGGAAUGUACCUGAGUUGAAGGGAUUCGACCCGCGUGAGCUAGAACAAGUAUUAGGAUCUCGAAGAAUACCACCACCCUCCCAAGAGUCUCCCUCUAACUCCAAUCCCGCGUUACGAACUCGACCUACGCCUCCUCCGGGUAGACCUAUACCGACGCCGCCACGAGUGGAACCUAAAUCCUUGAAACCCGAUUCCCUACCAUCAUCCCAAUCCAGCGCAUUACCUAUACAAAACAAGCCAAACCCCGUGGCCGCCACAGGCGGGAUCCAACCCUACCGUCCCCCGCAACCCCCUAGUUCGCCUGCGCGAAACCUCGUACCACCCAACGGGACAUCGUCACCUAUACAAGGGUCUCCCACUGGUCCAGAAUACGCUCGUGCCGGGAACCAGGCUGCCGCUCUCCGAAGGCUUGCUGGUAAUAACAAGAGCCAAGACUCCGUAGCAGCCUCAAUAUCCACGACAAGGAGUGAUGAUUCUGCCAGCAUACCUCCGCGCUCCAGGGGAGGUAUGACAGGGCCUGGCGCAUUUGGUAGAUUCGGUGAUCCUGUCGAAUCGCCUUCUCAGAUGGAUUUGCCUGAUAGAAAAAGACCACCAAUGGACCCGACCAGACCAAAAGAACCAGAUGAUAAUACUCUUGUGCCUGCGCCGCUAAUGAGCCAGGGCGCUCGCAGAGACCCGCCACCGAGAAAUAACGAUCGUAUGUCACCUCGAAAAAAUUCAAUCGGGAAGCGUUCAGACUCUACCCCUCCGGCAGAGAAACAAGCACCGCCACCACCAGAGCCAGUUCCCGAAAUCCCCUCAGACCCUAUAACUAGCCCGAACGGCACACCGAUAACACCAACCGUUGAAACACCAGUACCCCAAACGCCGCCGACCGAGACGCCAGCGGAAGAGGAAUCUCGCCCUGGGUUAGGGCCUAUGAUCAAAGCAAAGCAAUCUCGUAAUAACUUGGCCGGAGCUUUGUGGAAAGCAGCGUCCGCUGCAUCCGCGUUUAAACCCCGACCUGGUGGGGCUGGAGAACGAUUGCGAGAAGCAGCAAGCAAGGGCAACACGGACGGACCAGAUGGAAUAACAAGUGUUGUUCCAGCGCCACCACGCCCAGAGCCAAAGCCCGAACCACCAAAAAUUUCCGAACCCGAGAGAAAGUCUAUAGACAAAGCGGCUAUUGUUCCCGAAGUCAAGGUCACGGUUCCCAAUUCUAGUCGCCCUACUAGUUUACAGGCUUCUGUUAAGGAAACUAAGAGGAAAAGCAUGGAGAUAGCUCGACAAGAAAUCGAGCCGCGGCCUCUAACCGUAAUCGGGAAUGAUUCGAAGUAUUUAUCUGCUCUGGGUAUCGAUACAACACUGCUGCUCGACAAGACGACGGAUUUUGCGAGGUGGCUUGAUCAUUUUGGCUGGGUACCCGGUGAACAGAUGCGAAGCCGGAAUUUCGAAGAGAUGAAACUCGAUAUCGAUCGCGAACUAAAUAAAGCCCAAGCUGGAGGUUGGGUUGUGCGAUUCCAAGAGGAGGACGCUCGAGUCGCUGCGAUUAAGGGAGGUCUUGAUAUUGCGAUUGCGGAAUGUGAUGAACUUGACAACCUGUUGACCUUGUAUAGCGUGGAAUUAUCUACAUUGUCCGAUGACAUUGCAUACAUAGAAGCCCAGGGACAAGGUCUACAAGUACAGGCAGCAAACCAAAAACUGCUUAGGAAAGAGUUAGAAUCGCUGCUUGACACAUGCGCUAUCACCUCCAAUGAUUUGCGAGCCCUAGCAGAGGCACCCCUCGAGUCUACCUCGGGCCUUGAGGACGUCGAGGCUGCACUUGUCACUUUGUAUAAGGCGAUGAUGAAAAUUGAUUCUUCGGCUGCUGGAUCCGAGCUCCGAAAGAGCGAGGAUGCAAGCUCAAGUGGUCAAUCUAGUCUUAAUACCGAUUAUGGGAAAAUGCGAAUCGUUCAAGAGAAAAGGGAGAUGUACCGAUCAGAGAGCGUGGCUUUCUUACAACGGUUCAGCGCUUUCCUAUCACGACAAUUCGACAAGGCAUCCCAAGAAAUUAGGGCAGCAGUCGACGGAGCUUUAUCGAAAAAGGUUGAUCCCGGGCAUCAUGACGUGGGACGAGAUCUGCUUUGGCGAUAUAGCCCUCUUGUUCUCUACGCCAGAGAGGUAGACCUUGAGGGUUGGAAUCGUUGCCUCCAGGUAUACCAAGAGAAAAAUCUGCCACUCUACAAAUUCAGAUUCAAGGAAAUUUUGGAUUCGUGGAAACGAAAUGCCAGAAAACCUACGGGCGACGAAGCAGAGCUUCUCUUCACUACCGAAAUAGAAAGACAGCAGGAAGGGACCAUGACUACUGCUAGGAAACUUACCGUGAAGCGAAGUCAGACCCUAGCUAGGACUCUGCGAGGUCCUCUAGGCGACGGCAGCAAGACGAGCCUCGACAAGAUUUCCGACGGCCGGAAUCUACCUUACGAAGUCUUUGCUGGUAUGAUGGAUGACUUGGUACCUCUCGUCGAGAUUGAACAAAACUUUAUUGUGGAUUUCUUCCAUGCCACUACCUUAGAAACAGCCGACUUCUCCGACCUGGUAGUCGCAACAAAACCGCGAGAUCGCAGAGUUGGUGAUUUACGACGACAUCGACUAAUGGAACCCGAUAAGGAAUUAGCCAGGAGAGUUACCCGAGCGAUGGAAGCAAUAUUCUCAUUCUUGGAACAAGACCUACAGAGUGCGGUCGACUGGGUUUUAUCCCAAGAUCCACUACAAGGAGUUGGUAUUCUUGCGACACUCGAACGUAAGCAAUUGGAGCUGGUGCAGUCUAACCAAGAUUUCUUGAACAAAAUCCUACAAAAACUUCAUGGAAGCCUAGAGUCACGAUUUUCCAAAUUCGUCGAGGGACAAAUACGCGCAAUCGAAGAGACUAAGGUGAAAAUUAAGAAACGUAAAGGUGUUAUAUCUUUUAUGCGAGUCUUCCCGCAUUUCUCUGGUGCGGUUGAAAACAUGCUCGCGACCAAUGAUACAAGUUCAUCCGUUAGGAAGACUGUGGAUAAAGAAUACGACCGUAUUAUCAAGACCAUGUUCGACUCCCUCAAGGUCAUUGCUCGCGAAAACCCUACCACACUCACACAUAGCGGCGCCGAUCCCGAAGAUAAGGAAGCGCUCAACUACCAUAUUCUACUUAUCGAAAAUAUGAACCACUUCCUCGAAGAACUCGAUACCCACGGACUAGAGAUUCUAGAGGACUGGAAAGAAGCCGCUGCAGGGGAGAUGAGCGAGCACAUGAGCCUAUAUCUCAACGCAAUUAUGCGACGACCACUAGGCAAGUUGCUUGAAUAUCUCGAAAAUAUCGAGACACAACUCGCUACGGGGAAGAGCCCCACAAUCGUUGCCGCACAACCAAGCAACGCCAAGGGCACAUUUAACAAAAUCCUUAGCGGUUAUGACGGCCGUGAGGUACGAAAGGGCGUCGAAGCGUUACGAAAACGAGUCGAGAAACAUUUUGGAGAUGCUGACGACCCUAAUUUGAGCCGCAGUCUCGUUAACAGGGUUCUCCGAGAAUGCGAAAGGUUCUACGGAGAAGUGGAAGUAAGGAUUUCCACAGUUACAACAACAGUUUACAGCGGCGACGUACUCUUCGAGUGGCCCCGCGCCGACGUGAAGAGCGCAUUUGCCAACACCGGUCGGUAGGGCGGAUCUGGUGAUUGGAAAAACGCAUCUAAACGCACGUCUGCCGCGCGGACAUCAAUGGGCAGCGGAAGGUCCUGGACUGUAGCAUCACUGGACGAAUUAAGGGAUGGGAGUUCGGCUUGUAGUACAUAUUCGCGAUGAGCUGAUUUGUUCCGUUCAUUACUACCGCGCCGUGAGUCUAGUUUUUUACGGUUGUAUAAAUAGCUGAUAUAGGUAUUUAUCGUCCUCGUUCAAGUAGGUUAGUGAAUAAUACCUAUUAUUGUUAUAUAUGCCUUGUUGUUUUGCGAAGUGUGUUUUUAGAUAGGGAUUGGUAUAAAAACUGGCAAAUAUAUAAUUGGAAUCUAUCCGAACUACAAAACUUCCA